AUGACAACCUCGAACAACCGCCCUAAUGCCGGGCCUCAGUGGCUCACAAAUUGCCUCGAUGCCAUUGAAGCAAUAAAACUGGCCGCAUUGCAAUCCGCGCCCAAGCUCCUCGUCUCAUGGCUCUACGUCCCCUUCGGCAUCAUGGUGAUGCUCGCCGCGUGCUUCGGGGUGAGCGUCAUCUUCCAAACCGUCGGCGUCUCAUUCCCAGCAUCCGUCGCCUGCCUCAUCUUACUCUUCUUCGCUCUUUUGCUUUCUGAAUUGGUUCUCGGAAACCACAAGACGAAGGCUAUCGUAGCCGUGAUUGAUGUGCCGGCUGGUUGGUCCCUCCGCUGGAUCAACGUCUUCUUCACGCCAUCCUUCGUGAUGCUCCCUCUCAGUCCGUCCAUUGGAAUCAUUGAAGUCAUGAAGAUCAUCGCCGUUUUCAUCAUCGGCUUCAUCGUGAUGAUGGCCCUCGCCGCCUACCUCACUCGAGGCCUUCAACUCCUCCUUGGAUCAUCCAAACGCGCACUCACAGAACGCGCGGAAGAAAUGGGCAACGAGACGGACGAGAUCCCCCUGGCCGACACCCCGCCGCGAACCGAAUCGACCCCUGGAUCGCGAACGAUUUCCGCCGCACCAUCCUCCUUGUCUCUCAACACCAUCGCACCGCCGCCGCCCUCCCAGAACGCAACUCACAACUUCCUCCCGGCAACAAACAGUCCCUCACCCGAGAACACGACCGAAGCCCUGACGAUCCAGAACACCUCCCUCCCGCCUCAAGCUCCGCUCCCCGUGCCCCGCGCACAGCUCUGGGCGGCCCGGAUCUGCGCCCAUCUCGACCUCUCCGUCUACGCCGCGAUCUGCGUCUUCAUCGGCCUCCCGAUCUACUACGCAACAGGCUACGGCAUGCCUCUCCACCUCCCCCUCAUCAUCCUCAUCUACACAGCCGCCUCCUCGAUCCCCCCAACCUGGCGCCAAUACCUCCACCCCGUCCUCGUCUCCUCCCUCUUCUCCGUCCUCGCAAUCUGGGCCCUGGCCGCCAUCCGCGGCGACUCACUCCCGACGACCCUCCGCUCCUUCCGCACCGGCGCCAACUACACCUACCUCUGGCUGCACACCAACUCCGGCCGGCUGCCGGGUGCCGGCGACAUCUUCAGCACCGUCCUCGACGCGAGCAUCAUCUCGCUCGCGCUGCCCAUGUACCAGUACCGCCGCGAGCUGAAGCAGCAUUUCGUCGCCAUCGUCCUGCCCAACAUCGUCAUGUCCAUCGGCUGCCUCUUCGCGUACCCCAAGCUCUGCUUCGCCAUCGGCAUCAGCGCCGAGCGGUCUCUCGCCUUCGCCUCGAGGAGCCUGACGCUCGCGCUCGCGAUCCCCGCGACGGAGAAUCUCGGGGGCGACGUGAACACCGUCGCGGCCGUCGCCAUUAUGAGUGGUAUCGUCGGCGUUCUCGUCGGGCAGCGGAUGCUGGCUUGGUUUAGGAUUCCCGAAGAUGACUACAUUACGAGGGGUGUCACUUUGGGUGCUAACUCGUCGGCUAUUGCGACGGCCUUGCUCCUGCGGACUGAUCCCCGCGCGGCUGCGCUGUCGAGUCUUUCGAUGAGUUUGUUUGGCACGAUUACUGUCUUGUUCACAUCUAUACCCCCUAUCGCCAGCGUCAUCAAGUCUUUAGUUAUCUGA